AUGUCGACGCCUCGCGUUUUCCUUGUUCGCCAUGGUGAGACGGAGUGGUCGCUUGAUGGUCGCCAUACUGGUUUGACUGAUAUUCCUCUGACUGCCAACGGUGAGAAGCGCGUAAGAGCAACUGGAAAGGCUCUUGUUGGCCCAGAUCGUCUUAUUGCUCCAAAGAAGAUCGCUCAUAUAUAUGUGUCUCCCCGGAGACGUGCUCAACGCACGUUUGAGCUGCUCAAUCUUGGGCUGAACCGUCCUCUUCCGUGGACACCACAUGGCGCCCCCAAUGGUACCGGUCUCCAGUGUGAAGCUGAGGUUGAAGUGACUGAAUAUAUCCGGGAAUGGGAUUAUGGUGAUUAUGAAGGCAUUACAUCCCCUGAUAUUCGCAAGAUCAGAGCCGAACAGGGAAUCAAAGGGUCCUGGGAUAUUUGGAAGGACGGCUGCCCCGGCGGAGAGAGUCCAAACGACGUCACCAGAAGAAUCGACCAGUUGAUCGAAGAGAUUCGGGAGAAAUGGCAUAAGCCAGCUAUGGAUAAGGGAAGUGACCAGUGUGGCGACGUCUUACUUGUCGCUCAUGGACACAUCCUCCGUGCUUUCGCCAUGAGAUGGGCCGGCUACGCUUUACACGAAGGCCCAACCUUUUUGCUGGAAGCAGGAGGUGUCGGGACCUUGAGCUAUGAGCAUCAUAGAAUUGAAGAGCCAGCUCUCUUGCUGGGUGGUGCCUUUGUCGUUGAACUUGACGGCCAAGAUAAUUAG